AUGGGCGAACCAAUCCCAGCGGUUUACAAGAACCUCGUCACGGAGCUGACGGACUUUGCACCCUCGCCUGGGCCGGAUGACGCGGCCGAGGGCUUGAAUGCAGGAGGCAUCCAAGUCGAUGCCCUGAUUGUCGGAGCCGGUUUUGCCGGCAUCUUCAUGCUCAAGACCCUCCGAGACCGUGGCCUCAAGACCGUCAUAUUCGAGGCCGGCAACGACAUCGGAGGCACCUGGCGCUGGAACUGCUACCCUGGUGCCGCCGUCGACUCCGAGGUGCCCGAGUACGAGUUCUCCUGGCCCGAAAUCUGGAAGACGUGGAGCUGGUCGAGCAACUACCCAAGCUACCAAGAGUUGCGAGCGUACUUUGACCACGUCGACCACGUCCUAAACAUUAAGAAGGACUGCGCCUUCCACAGCGUCGUUAUCGAUGCCCGCUUUGACCUGGCGACGGGUACGUGGACCGUCCAGACUGCAGAUGGUCGUGCUGCGAAAGCCAAGUACCUAAUUCUUGGAACCGGCUUUUCGGCCAAGAGGUACACCCCCGAUUGGCCCGGCAUGGAUACGUUCCGGGGCACCAUCCACCACUCAUCCUUCUGGCCGGAGCAGCAUGUCGACGUCAGAAACAAACGGUGCGCCGUCAUAGGCACCGGCGCAUCAGGUGUGCAGAUCAUCCAAGCAUGGGGCUCCGCUGCCGGCAACCUUACCGUCUUUCAGCGGACACCGAACCUCGCUCUGCCGAUGCGCAAGAGGGUCCUCUCUGCCAAGGAGCAGAAACGCCGCAGGGAAUGUUAUCCCGAGUUAUUUCGGUACCGCGAGACAACCUAUGCUGGCUUUCACUAUGACUGGUCCGAGAAAAGCACCUUCGAUGACAAUCCUGAGGAGCGCGAGUCCUUUUACGACCAGCUCUGGGAGGCUGGCGGCUUCCGCUACUGGAUUGCGACCUACAAGGACAACUUUUUUGUGCCCGCCUCGAACAAGGAGUCGUACGAUUUCUGGGCCAAGAAGACGCGUGCGCGGAUUGGAGACGCCAAGAAAAGAGACUUGCUGGCUCCUCUGCAGAUGCCGCACUACUUUGGCGUGAAGCGACCAUGUCUCGAGCACGACUACUAUGAGCAGUUCAACCGCGAAUCGGUCGACGUGGUGGACAUCAUGGCCAACCCCAUCAAGGAGUUUCGGGAGACUGGUAUCACGCUCGAGGAUGGUACUCACCACGAGCUUGACGUGGUUGCCGUUGCUACAGGCUUUGACAUUGUCACCGGAGGCAUGACCCAGCUCGGUCUUCAGAGCAUCCAUGGCACCAGCCUGAGGGAUGAAUGGGCCACCGGCGCAAACACUUACCUCGGCACCACGGUACGCGGCUACCCCAACAUGUUCCACCUGUACGGCGCCCACGGACCGACGCUUCUCAGCAACGGCCCCUCGUGUGUAGAGGUGCAGGGCCGUUGGAUCGCCGAUAUGAUCAACAAGAUGGAGACGGGAGGGAUCAAAUACAUCAAUCCCAAGGCUGAGGCCGUCGAUGCAUGGAAGCAACGGGUGCUUGAAACGAACAACAUCACACUGAUACCCACGACUACGUCGACGUACAUGGGCGGCAACUUUCCGGGCAAGCUGAAGGAACCGGUCUGCUACGCCGGUGGCAUUCCCGAAUAUGCGAGGGAGAUUCGCCAGGCACUUGAUGCCAUGGAGGGGUUUGAAGUCGUUUAUGCGUAA